UAUCGACUACAAUAAAUGACUGGUAUUUUUUCUUGUUCCCACAGUCAGACGCCUUUCGCUCAAGGUCCCAAUGACACCCCAGAAGAUAUCCUUCAGAGGAUUGGCGAAGGCAAGUUUAGCCUCGACUCCGGUAACUGGGUCUCCGUUUCUCCUGCUGCUAAGGAUCUGGUGACGCAGAUGUUACACCUGGACCCAGGGCAGAGGUUGACGGCAGCCCAGGUAGCCAACCAUCCUUGGUUGCUACACCGGGAGGCACUACCCAACCUGAGGCUGCUCCUGCAGGAUGCCUCUCUCGUCAAGGGCGCCAUCACCGCCACCUACAGAGCCAUCAAUCACUCUCCCCGAGCACCCAACCUCGGCCCUGUUGCUGCCUCAGCGCUGGCCAGGCGACGUGGCAAGUCCCGGCCAAAGUCUUCCACGGAGGUCUGACAUCCGGCUCUCUCCUGCCUCCAGAGUGAGGAUGUCGUAGCCAUGUCUCCGCAGCCAGACUGGCCAACUACCUCCUCGAUCUUCACCUCUAGUGGUGAUGCCUCUCAGCAUUACCUCUCUGCGGGACCAGUAACAGACCUGGAGGCAUCCAGCUUCCAGGUCCAGCCACCUUCCUGGUCUCUCACUUCCCAAGAUGACACCAGUCCCAUAGCAUUCGACCCACUUAUCGCGAGUCCAGCUUCACCGAAAGCAGAGGUCUUGAGCGCUCAGGUUCACCCCUGUGAGGAACGUAGUCUCUCCGUGUCUGCUGGCGGCCACAAACAGCAGCAAUCUCAUCAGCAAAAGUUGCAGCGAAAGCAGAAAGACCAGAAGCAGCAGUUGCAGGGGCAGAAGCAUCAGAAACAGCAACAGCAGCAGCAACAGCAGCAGCAACAGCAGCAGCAGCAGCAGCAGCAGCAGCAGCAGCAGCAAGGGCGACAUAAAUCACAGCGCCGAUCACAUCGUCGUCAUCGUCGUCGGCGACGUACAACCUCCACUGCUUCUUGAAUUUCUGGUCCUAAGCUGUAAACAACCGGGGGCAUCCUGUGGCUCCAGUAGCUACUUUGUUCCUUGCUCCAAUCGUCACUUUCAUUUUUAAGUGAAUCCGUAUAUAGCUGGCAGUAAUUUUUAGGUCAGAUCUACUGCAGUGUUUAACUGUCAGGGUUGGCUUUCUGAAAGGACGUUGUUUAUAGUUACAAGUGUUACAAACCAACAAUCAAAUCUGCGAGUGAAUGGACGUGCGACCUAGCGAAGGGAAAGAGGUGGGAAAGAUGCCUGGUUCGCAUGGUGAUUAAAGGGAGUUUCUAAAUGUGAUUUAUUUUGGUAAAGCCUGGAAAGUUACGGUGUAAAACAGACCAAAUGUGUUCCCAUGGAAGGUGGACGGGCCUAACUUAUGUACGGGUGUCCCUUUCAAAUUCAUAACCUUCACGAUGUUCACAAAUAUGUACAGAGGGAUCGAACCUCCCUCGUGCUGUAAUUAGGUAGAUGUUGAGACACAGCUGGCAUUAUAGUCACACCUGAGAGCUGUAGCAUGUUAGCGUGUCAACUUUGGCAGUGCUUGGAGGCACCUCUGGCACCCAAAGCCUCUCAACACGGCUCAUCCUGUCGGAAUUCCAUCCUCUUGCGUGGCUUGUGUACUCAACCCAGUUAAGCCAGGUUACACAAAGCAUAAUUUAUUGUGAAUAUUACUGAAGGUAUGUACUAUUUAAUAAAGUUUUUGAGACAGUGUAUGUUGAGAAAUAACAGCGUCAGCUACCAGCAAGGUGCGUAUAAUAUAUAUAUAUAUAUAUACAGUGGACCCCCGGUUAACGAUAUUUUUUCACUCCAGAAGUAUAUUCAGGUGCCAGUACUGACCGAAUUUGUUCCCAUAAGAAAUAUUGUGAAGUAGAUUAGUCCAUUUCAGACCGCCAAACAUACACGUACAAACGCACUUACAUAAAUACACUUACAUAAUUGGUCGCAUUUGGAGGUGAUCGUUAAGCGGGGGUCCACUGUAUAUAUAUAUA